GACAUUGCAAUUUGGCGGUUGAAAAGUAGAGAGUGGUGGUGAUGAAUGAUUAGCGAGUGUGAGUGAGUGAGUGAGUGAGUGAGUGAGUGAGUGUAAGUUAAGCGUCAACAACUCUAAACAAAGAAAAGCAUCGAUUUUCCUUUUCCCUAAUAAUAUUCCAUUUCCAUUGUUAUUGUUAUUGUUAUUAUUAUUUGUGAGUGUUUUAGUUCUUCUUUUUUUCAAAAAGCGUGUUCCCUCUUCGCGACGAAACCCUAAUUCUUCUUCUUCCGAUUAACAAAAAAUGCCUCGAGAGAUAAUCACUCUUCAGGUUGGACAAUGCGGGAAUCAGAUCGGUAUGGAAUUCUGGAAGCAGCUCUGUCUUGAACAUGGCAUCAGCAAAGACGGCAUCCUCGAAGAUUUCGCCACUCAGGGAGGAGAUAGGAAAGAUGUUUUCUUUUAUCAAGCUGAUGAUCAACAUUAUAUACCGCGUGCUCUAUUGAUUGACUUGGAGCCGAGAGUUAUUAAUGGAAUUCAAAAUAGCGACUACCGGAACCUCUACAAUCAUGAGAAUAUCUUUGUCUCUGAUCAUGGUGGUGGUGCAGGAAACAAUUGGGCUAGUGGAUACCAUCAGGGAAAGAAUGUUGAAGAAGACAUAAUGGACAUGAUUGACAGAGAAGCAGAUGGUAGUGACAGUCUUGAGGGUUUUGUUCUAUGUCAUUCAAUUGCUGGAGGAACAGGAUCAGGUAUGGGGUCGUAUCUCUUGGAGACUCUGAAUGACCGAUACAGCAAGAAAUUGGUUCAGACAUACAGUGUAUUUCCUAACCAAAUGGAGACAAGUGAUGUGGUGGUCCAACCAUACAAUUCACUUUUGACACUCAAGCGACUGACUCUUAAUGCUGAUUGUGUUGUGGUUCUCGACAAUACUGCACUAAAUAGAAUUGCUGUUGAACGACUUCAUUUAUCAAAUCCAACAUUUGCUCAAACAAAUUCGUUAGUUUCUACUGUGAUGUCUGCCAGCACAACCACUCUUCGUUAUCCAGGAUACAUGAAUAAUGAUUUAGUUGGUCUUCUUGCCUCUUUGAUUCCUACACCAAGAUGCCAUUUUCUAAUGACAGGAUAUACGCCUUUAACAGUGGAACGUCAGGCUAAUGUAAUUCGUAAGACCACUGUGCUUGAUGUCAUGAGAAGACUUCUGCAGGCAAAGAAUAUUAUGGUCUCUUCUUAUGCAAGGACCAAAGAUGCUAGCCAAGCAAAAUAUAUAUCAAUUCUGAAUAUCAUCCAAGGAGAGGUUGACCCAACCCAGGUUCAUGAAAGUUUGCAGAGGAUACGUGAAAGAAAGCUAGUUAACUUUAUUGAGUGGGGUCCUGCAAGUAUUCAGGUUGCUCUAUCCAGGAAAUCACCAUAUGUUCAAACUGCACACAGGGUCAGUGGGCUUAUGUUGGCUAGUCAUACUAGCAUCCGUCACCUUUUCAGUAAAUGUCUGAGCCAGUAUGAUAAGUUGAGAAGGAAACAAGCCUUUUUAGACAACUACCGGAAGUUCCCAAUGUUUGCUGAUAAUGACCUCUCAGAGUUUGAUGAAUCGCGGGAGAUAAUUGAGAACUUGGUUGAUGAAUAUAAGGCCUGUGAAUCCCCAGAUUAUAUCAAAUGGGGAAUGGAGGAUCCGAAUAAUAUGAUGACAGGAGAAGGCAAUGCUGCAGGAUCACUGGAUCCAAAAUCAGUAGUGUGAUGAAACCAAGCAGGUGACAAGCAACAAGGGAGGGGAGGGGUUGUGUCAGAACUAAUCAUGAGAACUUUUUAUUUUUUUGGAUGGUUUUUUGUGGUGUGUUAACUUAGAUUUGUAUUGUUUGUUUAUGAUUUGGACAUCCAUCGUAGUACAGAAUUCCACUGUAUUUAUUCGUUUUCAGCAAUGUAUAUGUUGGUUAUUGGUCA